CGUCGGCUACCAGGAAAAAUAGUUGGCUAAGCUUAUCUUCACAGAUGGCAGUUAGGAUAGGGAACUGCGUUGUAUUGUAGUGCGAAAUAUUAAAACGCUAACAGUAUUCAUGAAUUUAUUAACAUAAUUCUUCAUACGGGGUCCGUAUAUUCAUUUUUUAACACAUAAAGCCGCGUUUUACUCGAGUUUAGGUGCAUUAAAUGGAGGAAAAGAAGGAAGACGGAGACUCGGAGAUACAGGAACACGGACCCGAGCACUGGUUCUCAAAAUGGGAGCGGCAGUGCUUGGCCGAAGCGGAGCAAAGGGAGCCGAGCGAGGAGGAGGCCGACAACGAUCAAGAAAAACUGUGGCAUCUCUUCCAGAACUCCGCCACUGCUGUGGCACAGUUAUACAAAGACAGAGUAUGCCAUCAGCAGGGCCUGUCAUUGUGGGUGCCAUUUCAGAACUCUGCAACAGCCCUUACCAACCUCUACAAAGAGAGUGCUGAAGCCCAUCAGAGAAGCUUUGAUCGGGGCAUCCAGAUAGGCCACCAGCGCCGUAAUAGGGACAUGUUGGCCUGGGUGAAAAAGCGCCGGAGAACCAUCCGCAGGGAGGAUCUUAUCAGCUUUCUAUGUGGCAAAGCACCACCACACAGGAGUAGCAGGGCUAACCCUCGGCUGACUAUGGUGGCCCCCAGCCGGGCUAAUUCACCAGCGGAGACUGGCUCAUCUGUGGAAGCAGACCUCCAGCCCUUCAGGGAGGCCAUAGCACUGCAUGGUCUGAGUGGAGCCAUGGCGAGUAUCAGUGUGCGCUCCGGUGCUCCAGGGUCUCCCACACAUGUGAGUGGGAGCAGCAGUAAUGGAGGUGGUGCUGGUGUAGGUGGAUCUUCUGGCUCGGGGCCGGUGUGCCGCAGCAGGCGCAACGGGCUCCAAGACGUCGACCUGAACACUUUCAUCUCGGAAGAGAUGGCACUGCAUCUGGACUCUACAGGCUCUGCCUCUGCUGGAGGGGGAGGAACCAGGAAACGAAACUCCACCCAGUGCAGUGAUGUCAUCACAGACUCCCCUACACACAAACGCAACAGGAUGAUCUGAUCUGCCGCCUGCCUAUGUGUGUGUGAGGGGGUGAGGGAAAAGCCUUCAACGCCAAGGCGAGGAGAGGGGGGAUGGAUGGGCUUAUGUGGGACAGAUGGACAGAUCCCUGGCUGUGCAAAAGAACGUGGGCUGAAAAUGAAAACAGGGACUGAAGGUCUCAGUUCGGUCCAUUUAGAUGUUGAAUGAAUUCUCUUCCUUGUCUCCAUUCCUCACAACAUUACUACAAAUCACUGAUCUGCAAUCAGAACGUUGAUGGGUGUGUGUGUGUGACUGGGAGGUCUGGACGACACCACACACUCCUCAGACAUUGCUGCCCCGGAAAGGAGACAACGAAGGAACUCAUUCUGGGGUCGCAGACCAUUCUCGAAGGGGUGAAAAUGCACCUUGUGCUACUUGACAAGUAAAAGCCACUUGAUCCUUGACACAUUUGUGCCCUUCCCUCCCUUAACCUCACUCAUCCUCACCCACCACCUUAAUAAGGAAGUGAGGGCCAUGAUCAAAUCGUCUCACUCAGCGAAUCAAGUUGCUCGCCAAAUGUCCGACCUGACUCUGUCAGAGACUCACCUCUGCGUCAAACAACCACCUGUUCUAUCUGUUAAUUUAUCAUCGCAGCUCUCAGUUGACAUUGCCUGUCAGUGGCGGAGCUAAAAUCACCCAGUAGGAGCACAUCUGUGACGUCAUCCUGCUUCACUUGCCGCUUGUAACCAGUUACACAUCUCUGGCUACUAGGUUGAUGGCAUGUAACUUUAUUCUUUGCUAAUACUCUGCUUCAACAGUGGCUUGAUUUAGUUCAGCCAGACACCCUUUUUGUUUUUAAGUUCAACCACCAGUGUUAAAUUCUAGGUUUGUUGCCACUGUUUGCAGCAGUGAUAGCCAAGUUAAUUUUGCGUUCUUUCUCCACCUUGUUUUUUCUUUUUGUUGAGGAUAAAGGAAAGGAAUUUUUUUUUCUUUGUGUAUACAGCUUGUCAGACAGCCCGUUUGCUGACUGCGACGCCCUCUCCCCCUUUUACCCUAGUCUUAUUACGAAAGCAGCUGCUGUUUUAUGUGAUCUUGUGAUUAUUCUGAUGAGUUGCAAUAAGGAUUUUUGCACUUAGCUUUCACCUCUAACUCAUGCAAACAAAUCGGCUCUUCCAUUGUAUCCCAGUUGUAGCCUCAUCAAGCCCUCGACAGGCCUGCUUGUGGUCACUCCACGCAUUAUUUACCGGUUGGUGCUUAGAAAAAAGUUGGAAACAGGGCCGUCACGCACACCUCUGGUUCCAGCAACUCUUCAAAAGUGUUUGAUAAAGUUGUGGAGCAUUCCUGCGUGUGGGCUCAGCUCGUAUUCAAAAACUCAAGAGUCAUUUCCUGUCAGACAGAUGAUUUAUUGGAAGAUAAUUGGUGCUGUAAAGAAAGCGUGAAUCACAGAGAUGUUUACAAAGGUAGCAUUUCUCAACAGACCCGCCAAGCAUGCCAGCCAGUGCACAUGAAGAACUGGAUUAUUUGGUUGAGUGUGAGAUUGGGGUGUUGGGACACUGUCUGCUUUUUGUAUAAGGGGCGUGUGCAUUAAUAAGACGUGGAUGGGUUUGAUUUUACUUGGUACAGGAUGAUGCAACUCGGAGCUUGUUUCGUUCUUGAAAUGGUCAUUGCCUUCCAUCCUUAUGGAACGGAGAGGAGACACUGAUAUCACGAGUCAGAAAUUUGGGUUUAUUUAGCAGUUUGUAAAGUAAUAUAAACUGAUGUUAGUGUCGUAAUGAAAGAUUAUUGGAGUUAAAUUGUAAUAAACUCGUUGGUAUAUGCUUUGAUUUAGCAUAGGAAGCUAACAAAGUGUAAAUUAUAAAAAGAAAAUCUUGAGUUGUCUAGUUAUCAAAUCAAUUCUAUAUAUUCUCAGUGAUGCCCUGCCAUAGUAAGUUGUCAGUGAGGCGUAAACACCUCAACUUAACCUGUUAAUACCCGCUGUCGCUGACUUGUAAGAUGUCAAUGUUUCCUGCUCUGUUUUUCCUCCUUUCUGUUGACCUGUUCACUCCCCUUCACCUUUACGACCUGGAAAGUGGGUUUUCUUUAGUUGUAUAAAGCAUGCCAGUUUUUAACUUCUGUUACAGUUUGGUCACAGAUUUCAUUUUUGCGUUAUAGGUUUGCUUUUAUAUUCAUACAUGAUUGCUGGCUUGUCAGUGAGAAGAAAAGAACCAGGCUGAGAUUUGUUUCUUCUGUCUAAAAAAAAAAUAAUAAAGUGUUCUGUGUUUUAGGAGUUUAAGUGAAACCACUGAAUUAGACUGAAAACGUCAACGUCAUAUUGGAAAAGUGAGAUUUGAUUUGCGAGCAGAGAGCAUCUGAUUACUGUGAAGGAGGGUCAGAAAGUGAUUCAUGUCAGUCUUGGAUUAAAAUUGUCUAAAAAGCAAACAAUGUCUUGUAAAGUUCUGGGUAGCUUCAGCUAGCACAGGUCUAGUGAAUGACAUAGGAAGGAUCAAUGUUUCUUGAAAAGGAACUUCGCCCUCAAAGUCAUAUUUAGGCCACAUCCACACUAAUAUGUUUCAUUUUAAAAUGCUUAACUAUUGCUAUGUUUAUGCUGGGUGUCCACACUAGUCCGCCAUUUUGGAUCCCUGAAAAUGGGGUCCUUUUUGAAAAUGUUGGUUGGCUGCGUUUUGGAGUCGCACCAUGACUUUCCCACUGUAUGUACACAUUAGUCCAUGAUCAGCCCCCUUCGCUCUUUGGUCUGGAAGCAAAAGCCUUGAAGAAAAUGCUAAGUUAGCAUUUAGCUAACUAUAAAGUAUUAGGUUUAAGACGGGUGUUAAAGGUCAGCAUAAUGGUAUAGGUUACAUCUCUGUAUUCAUAAGAUGAAUCAUGUCUUUGUGUGUAAUGAAUUAUAAAGUGGAUUAUUGCAGCGUUGUAGCAAGGUUUAAAUAACCAUUACAUUGGUGGGUUUGUCUAGGAGGUGGGUGCGGUUUGUAGGGGCGUGUCGUGAAGGCUUCAAAUGGAAUUUGAAAUAUUGAAAUGAAAGCUAUACAUGUCUCUUGUAGUCUGGGCAGCCGGAAACAAUGACACAGACAUCUGCAUUUGCUUCCUGAUUCGAUCUUCAGCUAAAAUGUCAAUUCAAAACAUCAUAGCUAGGUUUACAUUUAUUUAUUCUACUUUUGUGGGUACUCCUUUCACGUCGCCAUGGCUUCCUCUAGCAAGGGAUAACGCUCCAGCUACCCUCUAAUAUGGCAGCAUAUUGGCUACACAGUGACUCCCAAUCUGUUUUCUGUUGCCCUGACCGUCUUAUACUCGUGUUACUUGCGGCAACAGUUCCACCACAGUGUCGGUCCAAGCAAAGAAAUCUGUGGUAUUCACCAUAUCCGUAGUAUUUUCUGUAUCUAAGCAGCCAACCUUAGAGUAAACCACCUGCUUCCUGUUUACACCGACACAUGCAUGCCCAGUGUACAUUAAUAUUGAUAUGCAUUUCAGGCAUGUUAGCAUGGACGGAAAUCAUUUCUGAAAGUGUGCUAAAUACUUGAGUGUUCAGAGACUGUUCUCAUGCGUUUUAAAAUGAAAACGUAUCCGUGUGGAUGUGGCCUUAGUGUCCGCCAGACAGUUUUGAACUCUGCAGAUUGCUCAGGGCAGACUAUGGAGUGAAUCCUGACAACUGAGCUGACAGCCUGUCCACACGCUCUUCAUUAAAUUGAGUUUUUCUUCCUCCAGACACUUUACUCACUGUUUCCUGUCUGACGCUCCGCAUUGGCACUGGUAGCAUUCAUGACUGAAACCAAAUGGCACGUGUUGUUACAAAUUAGUAGUUGAAACCUCCCAGUGUUUUCUGUUGCAUGACAACAUGCCAGCUAAAGGGAAGAUGUGAAACGUCUGCUGACGGGGAAAUUAACUUAAAAUUCAGACUGAAGAGUUGGCUACAAGUGGGAUUGUGCCGUCUUUCUAAUCCCACUGUUCAACCUGCGGCGUUGACCCCCCCCCCCCCAUUGAUUAGCCUGGUUAUAAUAGAGGGGGCACUUUGUGUUUUUCUUUUCUUCCCCUGAGCCAGUCACCGGCCUUCAUCCACAUUGUUUCAAAAAGGCUGAUUCAUGCCACGUGUCUCUGGAGCCAACACUAUUAUCAGCUGUUUCUUGAUACUUAUUUGUUUAAAAAGUAAUAAAUGGCUAAUCUAUAUACUUAACAUUUAAUUGUUGGUAUGAUAUAUGUGGUUCACAUUGUAAAAGAAAUAAAACCAUUGAGUUGCAAUUGGAUGGACUAUGUUUCAUUAAAAUAAAGACAAUGAAGAGUUUUGUUUUAUCUUAAA